GAACCCAAUCUAAGGAUGGAGAAGAGGUCUCGAAGCUCUUCCAGGGAGUCUCAUAAGCGAAAUAGAAAUUCUCCACCUAAGAACGAAAGAGGAAAGUCAGAGAAAGGUGAUAGAGUCAGUAGCAGCCAAAAUGCUGGACAGGAGAAGCAGGAUUCUAAGAGGAGGAAAGGAAAGGAGGACAAGGAAGGUGGAACUACCCUAGAAGCAGAUAACAGAAUCCAGACUUCCACCAUAGUGGAUGUAGAUGAUGUCAUGGGCUCCUUGGAAGACGAAACUGAAGUGAUGGCACUGUUGGAAAGUGAACAACAGGAUGAAGGUAUAAAAUCAUCUCAUCUAGGAAUCUGUGAGUGGCUUCUCAUCAUCUUAUCCCUGCUGUUCAUCAUGGCAACUUUCCCCCUCUCUAUUUGGUUCUGCAUAAAGGUAGUGCGGGAGUAUGAGAGAGUCAUUAUAUUCCGUCUGGGACAUCUUCUUCCAGGAAGAGCCAGAGGCCCUGGUCUUUUCUUCUUUCUGCCCUGCCUGGAUACCUACCACAAGGUGGAUCUUCGCCUCCAAACCCUAGAGAUUCCUUUCCAUGAGGUGGUGACAAAAGAUAUGCUCAUAAUGGAGAUAGAUGCCAUCUGCUACUACAGGUUGGAAAAUGCUUCUCUACUCCUAAGCAACAUUGCCCAAGUGUCCAGAGUUGUCCAGUUGCUGGUACAAAUCACCAUGAAGCGCCUCCUGGCCCAUCGCUCCUUCACUGAGAUACUCCUAGAGAGGAAAAGCAUUGCCCAAGACAUCAAGGUGGCUUUGGAUGCAAUCACAUGUCGCUGGGGAAUCAAAGUGGAGAGAACAGAAAUUAAAGAUGUGCGACUGCCCACAGGCCUCCAGCAGUCACUGGCUGUGGAAGCAGAGGCUCGAAGACAGGCCAAAGUGAGGAUGAUUGCUGCUGAAGGGGAGAAGGCUGCCUCGGAAUCCCUGAGGAUGGCGGCUGAGAUACUAUCGGGCAGCCCAGCAGCUGUCCAACUUCGCUAUCUUCACACCCUUCAAUCUUUGUCCACAGAGAAGCCAUCCAGUGUCAUCUUACCUUUGCCCUUUGAUCUCACAAGUCUCUUACCUCCUGCUGGCAACAGAAUGCAAGGAAGCCUCCCCUUACCCAAUCCUCCCAGGCAGGUAGAAACGCGGGAUCCCUCAAAGAAAGAUUCUCCCAUGUUGUAA